AUUAACUGCGCACUGUGUGGGUCGACUCAGAGGGGGACACAGGCUGGAUUUUUCCCUACAUGGGACAGACAGACAAGCUUUAUGGUGGCGAUAAUUCCUAUCAUAUAACUGAGAGUACUCGGUGAGAGAAGAGGACUUUAUCACUCUUCCUGGUGAUAAUUAUUUUGACUGAAAUCAGAAUGGAGGCAAACGGCACAGCUGGGAAACAUGGUUUGGAGGGAGAUGCGGAUCUCCAGUUCCUGCUGGUCGGCGGGGAGCUGGUCAAGAUUCGCUCGGGCUCCUGGAAGAAGAGUCGCUUUUACAGACUGGAAGAAGACUGCAAGACCUUGUGGCACGAGUCCCAUAAAGUGUUAAGGAAAAAUAAGACCUUCACCAUUGAUGACAUUGAUUCAGUGCGCAUGGGCCGUCAGUCUGAGGGGCUUAAUAAACACACUGACCCCAGUGCUGAAGAGCGAUGCUUCUCCAUCAUAUUCAAGGGUCGCAAGAGAAAUCUUGACCUGAUGGCAGCCUCUGCGGAGGAGGCAAAACAGUGGGUGGGCAGCUUAAACAAGAUCAUCAACAACAUGCGCAACCUCAGCCGUCAGCAGAAGAGUGAGCACUGGAUCAUCAACUGCAUGCGAAAAGCAGACAAGAAUGAGGACAACAAGAUGACCCUUAAGGAGUUGAAGCACUUCCUGCGACAGAUCAAUGUCGAAGUUGAUGACACUUACGCAGAAGAAAUUUUCAAGAAAUGUGAUGAGUCCAAAUCAGGAACCCUGGAAGGCUCAGAGAUCAAGCACUUCUAUGACCUGCUAACGCAGCGGGAGGAGAUAGAUGUGAUUUAUGGCAAGUACGCUCAAACAGAGGGUCAGAUGAGCGCCAGAGACCUGCUGAGCUUCCUGCUGAAUGAGCAGAGAGAGCAGGUGUCCAUGGAAGAUGCUCUCAAGCUGAUUGAGAAAUACGAGAUGGAUGGAACAGCGAAGAAGAAGAAGCACAUGACAAAAGAUGGCUUCCUGAUGUACCUGCACCAAGAGGAUGGAUCCAUCCUCAACCCAGCUCACAAUCACGUGUACCAGGACAUGAGACAGCCCCUCAACCAUUAUUAUAUCUCUUCCUCACACAACACAUACCUGAUGGAAGACCAGCUGAAAGGGCCCAGCAGCACGGAGGCCUACAUAAAAGCGCUUAUGAAGAGCUGUCGCUGUGUGGAGCUGGACUGUUGGGACGGGGCUAAUGGAGAGCCUGUUAUUUAUCAUGGCUACACGCUGACAUCCAAAGUGCUCUUCAGAGACGUCAUCAAAGCCAUCAAAAACUAUGCCUUCAAAACUUCUCAAUACCCAGUGAUCCUGUCCCUGGAGAACCACUGCAGCGUGGAACAACAGAAGCUCAUGGCCCAUUACCUGAUCUCCAUCCUGGGUGAUGCUUUGGUGUCAAAGCCGCUAGGCAAGACCAUGCCCACCAACUUCCCCUCGCCUGAGGACCUCAAGGGCAAAUUCCUCAUCAAGGGAAAACGAUUGAACAAACUGGAUGCUGCCUUCACCAAUAACAACACCAUAGAGGAAGACACUGUGUCUGAGGAAGAUGAGGCCGCAGAUUGUAAGGAGAAUGGACAGAAGGCCAAACCAAAGAAAUCAAAGAUCAAACUUGCCAAAGAACUCUCUGACAUCGUCAUCUACUGCAAGAGUGUCCAUUUUAACGGCUUUGAACAUGCCAAAGACAACCAGGCCUUCUACGAGAUGUCUUCCUUUAAGGAGAGUAAAGCUUUCAACCUGGCUGAGACCUCAGCUACGGCCUUCAUGCAUCACAACAUGGACAAACUCAGUAGGAUCUACCCAGCGGGCUCCAGAACUGACUCCUCAAACUACAACCCUGUGCCCAUGUGGAACGUUGGCUGCCAGAUAGUGGCCUUGAACUUUCAGACUCCCUCCAAAGAGAUGUACCUGAACCAGGGACGGUUUCUGCCAAACGGUUUUUGUGGCUACAUCCUGAAGCCUGAAUUCCAGAGAAGUUUGUCCUCUCAGUUUGAUCCCAACACACUUACCAGAGGGCCCUGGCUUAAGAAGAAGAUCUUUCAUGUCAUGGUCAUCUCAGCUCAGCAGUUGCCAAAGCUCAACAAGGACAAACAAAAAUCCAUUGUGGACCCUCUGGUAAGAGUGACGAUCUACGGUGUCCCAGCAGACAACGCCAGCAAGGAGACACACCACAUUGAAAACAACGGGUUUAACCCCAUGUGGAAUGAGAGGUUCGAGUUUAAAAUCCAAGUCCCAGAGCUGGCCAUGGUGCAAUUUGUGGUGGAAGACUAUGACUCAACAUCCCAGAACGAUCUCGUCGGGCAGUACUGCCUACCGCUCACCAGUGUGCAAAACGGAUAUCGUCACGUCCCACUGCUCACCAAGCGAGGUGACGUCAUUUCCUCGGCCGGACUGUUUGUGCAUCUCAUGCUCAUGGACGCCUAGUAGACUCGUAUGUGGAAAAGCUUCAUGCCAGGAACAGCAAUUUUCUUUUGGAAACUCGAAAGGAAUUUGUCCAGUUUUAAAGCUAAAUAAUAUAACUCUGAUCGACGUGUCUUUGUGGAGAAUCUUUCAAGCAACAGCUGCUGACUCACAGUUGACCGCAACACUUUUCCGUCAUUGUAUAAUUUUAGCUUUUUAAAAUGGUGGUUGAGAGAUUGUGUGUGGCAGCAAAACAAGAAUGAAUGAAAAUGUGAGUGAAAGAGUGGCGAAAACUUAAAGCCGUUAAAUUGUUUUUGCUAUAUCGGGGGAGAAGUACAAUAAUCUGGGGAGUAAAGAGAAAAAUGUGAAUUCGUGAAAAGCUUGUACAAAAGUUUCUACAGAUUCAGAAAUUCUAGAUUCCCUCAGUUUUAAUGCCAUAAUGAUGUUGGCCUCUGGGCUUUGUAGCAACCGUAUGAACAAUAUGUUAUCUGAAGAAAAACUUUAGUGCCUAUUGAAAGAGCCAUGAGAGUCUGUGUGCAUGUGUUCAGGUGUCAGUGUGAUUAAUAUUUCAAAAAGACUAAAAAUCCUUUACAACUUUCUUUUGUUGACUGUUGAUGUGAGGAGCAUAUUUGUACAUGUAUAUGAAUCUGCUGUAGACAUAUUGUACCGUAAUUCACUUUAAUAAGUAUUUUGUCAAGCAAAUGCUAAUUUUUCUAAGUCAUUCUUUAUUUUUAUUUUUUACCAUCUUAUGCUCAGAUCCUUUUUUUUUUUUUUUUCCAAUGACAAACUUACGACUGUCAGUGCUUUCAGUAUCUCAUGUCAUUUAUCUGCAUUUGCACUAGCUCUCAAAUAAAACUCUGAUAGUCUCUAA